AUUUUCUUUUAAAAAAAAGCCUUGAUCCAAUAACUAAAUAUAACAGAAAAAAUUUGACAUAUGCCUUCUUUUAAUCUUCAUCCUGGUUUUGCGGGGCAAUCUAUCCGCGCUAAUCCAUGGAUACCCUCACAGUUCAUUAUUACCUCUUCGCAGCAUUUUGGUGUUGUUGGCUCUGGUAAGGUUUAUAUUGUCCAGACCACACCUGGUUUCGCCGCCGGUAGCCCGGUCCAGCUCAUAGGGUGUUGGGGAACCCCUGACGGCGCCUUUGACGCUUGUUUUAGUGAAAUCGACCAGAACAUCGUCGCGGUGGCGUGCGGGGAUGGUGUGAAGCUGUUUGACGUUCAUCAAAGCGCGAAUCGAGACGGCGCGACGCCGAUUCUGCACAACGCCGAACACCAGAAAGAGGUGUCCUGCGUUGUGUGGAACGCCUGCAAGCGGGACACCUUUUUCUCCGCGAGCUGGGACACCACAUUAAAAAUGUACAACGCCUUAAACCCGAGCUGCUCGAUUGUGACGAUGCAGGAGCACUUUAAGGAGGUCUAUGAGAUCGCAACGACUACGCAUAGCCCGAGCUCAAUUCUCUCGUGCUCCGGGGAUGGCACGUGGAAGCUGUGGGACAUCCGUGCCUCGCCAUCUCGGUCCGUCCUGACUCAGAUCGCUCACCAAGGCUAUAUUGUGCUUUCCAUCGAUUUUAACAAACACGACCCGAAUCUCUUCGCGACAGGGGGGGUGGAUCGGACGGUGCGGCUUUGGGAUGCCCGACGGCCGACAGAGCCGCUGGCCUCGCUGCCGGGCCAUCAACAAGCCUGCCGCCGCGUCCGGUUCUCGCCGACAAGCCGCACCUUGCUCGCGUCCGCGGGCUACGACAUGCGUGUUUGUGUGUGGGAGCUCACCCAGCCCCAGAAACCCAUGAUUGCGUGUUACUCACAUCACAGGGAGUUCGCCGUCGGUCUUCACUGGUCCGCGAUGGCACCGAACAACCUGGCCACAGUUUCGUUUGACGGGACAGCCUUUUUUCUGGCUGUUGGCCAGGCACCGACCCGUUCGCCACCUCAGCCGUUGGAAAUAUCAGCAGUCCCUCCCCCUCGCCUACCGCGACCGCGCACGACUGUCCUGCCUGGUCUACCACAGGCAAGUCCACCACUGACCAUGCCCCUUUCUACUCAUUAA